AAAAUUAGACCUUGUGUAUCCCAAGCACUCCGUCCGCCCAAUGAACAACGCUCCCAGAAAAUCGCCGUGAACAACGCUCCCAGAAAAUCGCCGAGAUAAAUCUGAGACAAAAACCCUCCCAAAAUCCAAAACCAAAUUCUUGUCCCGUUCGAUUCUUUUUUCCUGCGUCCAAUUCGCCAUUGUUUUCGCUUUCCUCCCUCGUCACCCAUAGCAGAGCUUAUGGCUGAAGCCGCUGAACUUGAUCAAAGUUUUGACGAACAUGAUGCGGAUGUUAUACCAGAGAACUCCCAACCUGAACAAAAUCAUGGACAUGAAAAUGAUUCAAUUAUAGUUGGUAGUGAAAAGAGGUGGCCUGGCUGGCCUGGAGAGAGUGUUUUCCGAAUGUUGGUGCCUGCACAAAAGGUUGGUAGUAUCAUUGGACGCAAAGGAGAAUUUAUCAAGAAAAUGUGUGAAGAGACAAAAGCUCGCAUAAAGAUUCUUGACGGUCCACCAGGAACGGCUGAACGUGCUGUUAUGAUAUCUGCCAAGGAGGAACCCGACGCCUCUCUUCCCCCUGCUGUUGAUGGCCUGCUCAGGGUUCACAAGCGGGUUGUGGACGGCUUGGAGGGUGAUUCUUCUCAUGCUCAGCCAGGCAUGGGAGGCAAGGUAUCAACUAGGCUACUGGUUGCAGCUGCUCAAGCAGGAAGUUUAAUUGGAAAACAAGGAGCAACUGUCAAAUCUAUUCAAGAAGCAUCUAGUUGUAUUGUUAGGGUCAUCGAAGACAUACCCAUUUUUGCUCUUGAAGAUGAUAGGAUCGUGGAGGUAGUAGGAGAGCCUGCUGGGGUCCACAAAGCAAUUGAACUUAUUGCUUCUCACCUGAGGAAAUUUUUAGUUGAUCGUAGUGUAAUUCCGUUGUUUGAAAUGCAAAUGCAAAUGCCUCAUCCUCAGAUGGAACACAUGCCUCCGCCCCAAUCCUGGGGUCCACCACCUCAAGCAUUUUCUCCAAAUGUCGGUGGAGGACCUGGUUAUGGAUCUCAUCCACAUUACAUGCCUCCUGCUAGGCAAGUUGAGAAUUAUUAUCCUCCAGUUGACAUGCCACCUCCACUAGAAAAGCAGCCUCAUCAGGGUAUAUCUGCCUAUGGAAGAGAAGCUCCGAUGAAUGCACAUGCAUCAUCGAAUGCUCAGCCACCACCAUCAAUGAUUACACAGGUCACACAGCAAAUGCAAAUUCCUCUGGCUUAUGCUGAUGCUGUAAUUGGUACAGCUGGUGCAAGCAUUAGCUACAUCAGACGUGCUAGUGGUGCAACUGUCACAAUACAGGAAACAAGGGGGGUUCCUGGUGAAAUGACAGUUGAAAUUAAUGGAACUGCAUCACAAGUCCAAACAGCUCAGCAGUUGAUCCAGAACUUUAUGGCCGAAGCUGCAGGAGGGCCAGCGCAGAAUCAGACAGGUGGGGCCACUGACCAAGGCUAUAACCCUUAUGCUGCUGCUCAAGGCUCCGUCUAUACGUCGCCACCAUCCAAUGCCACUGGGCAUGCAGCCCAAAGCGGAGGGUAUGGCGCAGUCUACGGGAACUAUGGUUAUUAAGUGGGAGCAGUUCUGUUUCAUCCGAUAAUUGGUACCCAUAUAAUGUAUCUCUAUUUUGAACUUGGUGUGAUAAAAAAAAGCAAAUAAUGCCUACUGAACUCAGUUGGCGGCACUGUACUAGGCUUUCUAGCUGGUUCAUUCAGACAGAAUUCGUUAUUAGGUUGAUUGUGUGUAAUAGGCUCCACUCUAAGAUCCGGACCAAUCUAUAUUUUUGGAAUUUUCUUUUGACUAUGGGCUUCUACGACUGUUGUUAUCUAUUACUACUAUCUUAGUUUCAUUAUUUUUGUGGGAAGUUUGUACUUUGACACUC